UGGCAGUGGGGAAGGAUAAAAGAGCCUUAUCUGUCCUGGGGAGGCCCUUCCCCUUUUCAAUAGCAGGAGGAGGCGAGGGGUGUUCUUGGUUUUGCUUUCAUUCUUAGCAGACCGCGCUGGGCUUCCGAAGAGGCUGGGAUAAUGGCAGACAGGAAAUUGGGAGAAGUGCAAAAACACUUUGUGGAGAUGGUGAAAAAAGAUGUCAUCAGCCUCAUCCUGGAUGAUCUGCUGAGAGAAGAAGUCCUCAAUGAUGAGGAAGUGGAAAAGGUGAAGGACAAAUAUGCUACCUCGAAGGAGCAAGCCAGAAUGUUGAUUGAUCAUGUCAGGAGGAAGGGCUCCAGACCCUGCUACAUCGCCAUCACGAAGAUAUGCUCCAGAGACCGCUUGCUGGCUGACAAACUGGGUCUGACAGCCUUCUUGGAAGGAAGUUCAUCUCAACUACUGCCCCCAGCUCCCAAUCCAGCAUGCAUCGUGGAAAAAAGCCAGCCAGCGGAAUCCAGGCAGGGGAUCAAGCUUUGUCCUCCAAACGUCUUUGAGAAGAUCCAAAAUGAGAAAGCUGGCGAGAUCUAUCCUAUUAUCCGGGACUUGAAGACACGCACCCGCUUAGCCUUGAUCAUCUGCAACAUAGAGUUUGAGUCUACGGUCUUCUCCAGGAGGGAUGGAGCUGAAGAGGACAUGAAAGGGAUGGGAUGCCUCCUGACAGGCCUGGGGUACAAGGUGGAACUGAAGACAAAUUUAUGCUCAAAGGGCAUGGCUGAUUGUUUGAAAGCCUUUGCUGCCCAGGAGGAACACAAGACCUCGGACAGCACCUUCGUGGUGCUCAUGUCUCACGGUCUGCGGUCCGGCCUGUGUGGCGUGAAGAGUCAGGGCGAGAACUCGGACAUCCUGUCCCAAGACACCAUCUGCUCUAUCCUCAACAACAAGAACUGCCCGGCUCUGAGGGAUAAGCCCAAAGUGAUCAUCAUCCAAGCGUGCCGUGGAGGAAAAGAUGGCGUGAUAUAUGUGAAAACGAAGGACCCCUCUGCUAACUCCCUCUCAUCUGACCUGGGGCUCCUGGAAGAGUACGAAAGUGAUGCCAUUCAGCGAACACAUGUGAAAAGUGACUUAAUCCUUCAGCAAGUGCAUGUGGAGAGUGACUUAAUCUUUUUCUGUUCUUCAACCCCACAUCACAAGUCCUAUAGAAGCCCCCAGACAGGAUCCAACUUCAUUUUCCAGCUGAGGAAGCAGAUGCAGGAACAUGCCUGGAACUGCCACUUGGAAGAGAUCUUCUUGAAGGUCAGGCAGGAAUUUCAAAGACUUCAGCAGGGGCACAACCAGAUGCCCACCCAAGAGAGAGACACUCUGCUGAAAAGAUUCUACCUCUUCCCUGGCUAUUGAAGACAAUUAAAAGCUUCAGUCUACGGUUUCCAAACCAGCCACUAGGGGGAAGUGGGCGGUGAACUUGGCAAGAGAGGGCGGAGCCAGCUCCCUCCAGAUGUUCUCCGCAUUUUCUCCUUCGAAUCAAGUCUAGCACAGCUGUUUGAAGACAGUAACUUUUCUCAGGCUUGCAGGCAAUGUUGAAGCACCUUCUGAAGUAUCUUCUGCUGCAGAGGGGAGGGCCCUCCUCUUUGGCUCUCCGCAGACUCCAGCAGCUGUUUUGCGGGUGUAGCAUGAUAAGGUGAUUGGAUGCCAGCUUCUCCACUUCCUCACCUGUCUCCAUCACCACCCUGGUCCCACCUGUGUCCUUUUCCUCAAUUCGCAUCAUCCGUUAAAAUGGCCUAAUCACUGUACCAGUGCAUUGCACCUGUAAGGAGAUUUAAUUGCAAACUAGGCUUGUGUUGUUCUCCUGCACUAAAAAACAACUGUAAACAUCAAGCUGUCACUUGCACUUCUUAGAAUCAAUC